CUGCCCCGGCCCUGCCGUGCACUGGUGCUGUUGAAUCCCCAGAGCGGGGCUGGUCGUGCUCUCGAGGAUUUCCAGGCAGUGGCGCAGCCCAUGCUGGCUGAGGCCGAUGUCGCUGCCACUGUCUUCGUCACUGAGAGACCCCACCAUGCACACGAGAAGGUGCGGGAUGAGGACCUGUCGCAGUGGGACACGCUGGUGGUGAUGUCUGGAGAUGGGCUGUUGUAUGAGGUGGUGAAUGGCCUCAUGGAGCGGCCGGACUGGGAGGAGGCCAUGAAGAAGCAAAAAAAGGGGAAUGCCUUGGCUGCCUCCAUCAACUACUAUGCGGGCAAUGAUCACGUCGCCAAGAAGAAGCUGCUGACAAACUGCACCUUCAUCCUGUGCAAGGGGCUGCACACACAGAUGGACCUGGUCUCGCUGAGCACGGCCUCGGGCAAGCGCCUCUUCUCCUUCCUGGGCUUUGGCUGGGGCUUCAUCUCAGACGUGGACAUCGACAGUGAGAAGUACCGCUGGCUGGGCAAUGCCCGCUUCACACUGGGCACGCUGCACACCAACCUGCUGAUGGCACCAGCAGCGCGGCUGCGCGAUGGCUGCAUCCACCUCUUCUACCUGAAGGCCGGCAUCAGCCGCGCGGCACUGCUCAGGAUCUUCCUGGCCAUGGCCAGAGGGACCCACCUGGACUUGAACUGUCCCCACUUGUGCUAUGUCCCUGUCCGGGCUUUCCGCCUGGAGCCGCGGCUUUAA